AUGUCUUCCAACGUCGACUGGCCUGGCCCUUUGGGCUCCAAUCUAGCAGCCCAUCAGAGCGGUUGGGACUUCAUGGUAUCCGUCACAGAAUUCGGCGUUAAUGAAGCCGUCAAGCGCUACCUCCUCACCGCUCCAGAUGAAGAAUUGCCGACUAUAAGGGUUGUCUUUGCCCAAGACGUUCUCUAUGACGUGGCAACAGGCCUUGAAGACCCAGAGCCACUCAUACUCACAUACGAUGAUUGGCUGGACCAGAUGGUUGGGUAUGAAGUCGAUGGGACGGCUCUAUCAGACCUCUUCAACAUCACAGACGGUACGACCACAGACGAACUUGAUGGAUUGGCCGAUAUCUUCAGCUUGUACCUCGGCGAAGAAGACGGCAUCGAGCAUUACUUUGAGUUCACUGGAGCCAUGGAGGCCAAGCUCGGCAUCCCCGGCAAGACUGAGGCCGAGGCCAAUGGUACCCUGGAUACUCUGAUGGAGAACCUACCCGACGUCCUACGCUUCGAUGGCAUCGACAACAUCGGAUUCAAGCUCCUGUGUGAGGACAUGGCGAUUUUCCGACCAGAGGAAGGCAGGAGAGGACGACCAGACUAUAUGAAGCGCUUCGACCAGGACGCGGCAGCCCCAUGGGUGUUCGACGUCAAGACCAACCUGCGGUUCAACACCGUCAACUUCCAGAGCCUACCACAGGCCGUCCAGGAUCAAAUGACAGCCGUGUCUGGUGAGAUGUUUAGCAUCGAGCAGCUGUUGUUUGAUGUGACGCAGCCGGGUCUGGCAGAUGUGCCAUCAUUUGACCUCGCUGACAGCUACCUCGAGAACAUUGUCUCCACGGCAUUUGUUACCGAGUACUGGAAGACUUUCCUCGCUGGCAACGAAGGCAGGGGACCGGUACUCGGAUACGCAGCCAAAGCCAACACAUCAACCGUGUACGAGGGGACGCUGGUCCCACUGGACUUUAGGCUGGGCGUCACUCUCUACCGUGACCCUGAGACUGGGCAGGAGAAGCAGGACGAGGUUUCGCGAAAGUUCAACACGCUCAACUACAUGUGCAUGAGUAGAGAGGACAGACCUCUCCCUUCGAUUGAUUAUAUUGGAUGGAAUCCGCUUGCAAUUACGGCUGAAAAGGGCCAAGGAGUGGUGACUACCCACAGAGACCACGUCAGAAACUUGGUUAUCGCGUCCGAGUUUGUCAACGCCAUCCGCCAACGCUGCUACACCCCAUACUUUAACACCCGCUAUGAUAUUGACCUGACCGUGGAGCCACCAAAGUAUGAGGCUUUUGAAGGCCUGUACCUCGGCGACUUGGAAGCCCCAGAAGGGUCAAACGUCAACGAGGGCAGCGCAUACAGUGAGUAUCACCACUCUAGUUCGCGAGAGUUCCACAUUGCCGGCGCGCGGACAAUCCGGGUCCAGUACAACUACGACGUCGUCGUCCAGGCGAGCCCCGGCACCAACCUCCUGGAGGUCAAGCAGGAUGUACUGAUGGAGAUCGAGUACGUCCGUGACCCGCUCAUCGGGAGCACCAAGAAGGAGACGGCAACGCACAUCGACCGCACCCUCACCGACAGACUGGCCAUCAAUGUCAGGGAGGACGGAUCUCUGUACGCCGAGCAACAGGGUGCGCCCGAGGUCGUGAAGCGUCCAGAAGCCACGGUCGAUGACUUCAGUGACUACUUCAGCACCGCUCAGAAGACGGCCACGACGAUCCAAGAGGCUAUUAAUGAGCUGCAGGCUGCCAAGGCGUUUAACCUUGACGUGUCGGGGAUCGUUAGCAAUGUGGGAGCCUUCGUGCUGCCAGCCGGGGAGACCACAUUCAAGUACGAUAGUGUUGAGUUCUCUGAGCACGGGGACAUGAGGGUGCUUAUGAAGUACCGGGACUAG